AUGACGUUUGCUGUGAGUGUUGGCUACUGGAAGGACCCUUACAUCCAGUAUUUUGUGAGACAAGCCAAAGAGAGAAAAGCACCUGAAAUCAACAGAGGCUAUUAUGCUCGUGUUCAUGGAGUCAGUUAUCUGAUUAAAGCUUUUCUAAAGAAGACAGAAUGCAACUGUCAAAUUGUUAAUCUCGGUGCUGGCAUGGAUACCCUGUUCUGGAGAUUAAAGGAUGAAAAUCUUCUCCCUAGAAAAUAUUUUGAAGUGGAUUUUCCAAUGAUAGUCGCAAGAAAAAUACAUAAUAUCAAAUCAAAACCUCCCCUGUCAAAACCAAUUAUGGAAUCCCAUUCAGGGGACUCUCUUCUAAUAGAUUCUCACAGCCUAGACUCCAGUCGAUAUUCCAUAGUAGGAGCAGAUCUCCGUUUCUCAUCAGAUCUGGAGGAAAAGCUAAAGAAACAUAACCUGGAUAUACAUUUGCCAACACUUCUGGUAGCGGAGUGUGUACUGGUUUACAUGACACCACAGCAAUCUGCAAAUCUUUUAAAGUGGGCAGCAAGCACUUUUCCAGUGGCGAUGUUUAUAAAUUACGAGCAGGUGAAUAUGACGGACCGGUUUGGACAGAUCAUGAUUGAGAACUUGCAGAGACGACAGUGUAACCUGGCUGGAGUGGAAGUUUGCAGAUCCUUGGACUCUCAGAGGGAACGACUGCUGUUAAAUGGCUGGGAAACUGCACGUGCCAUUGAUAUGAUGAAAGUGUACAGCUUUUUGCCACAGGCUGAUGUCAAAAGAAUAGAAGGACUUGAAUUCCUAGAUGAAAAGGAACUGUUUGAACAACUGAUGCAGCACUACUGCAUCUGCUGGGCUUCAAAGGACAGCAGUAAUCUGGGUCUUGCAAACAUCACAUUCUAAUGUAUUUGCUCGAGGGAAGCCGGCGGGCCCAGAAGCCACCGCGACUGCCUUCUACUUGAGACAAGAUCACAGAAGUGAUGGGACUUUGCAUGUGCCAACUUCAGUCUGCACAUCUGUGUAAGCGGCGCCAGUGCAGAAAGCAAUGGGUGCUGCCGAUGUCGACUGUCCUGUUGGCUUUUGGUAGUUUUAAUGAAUCUUUUUUGCCCAUUGUGAGCAAUUGUUAGGAGGCAAGACUCGCCUCCCGUUCCCAGAUAUAUAAUGACGGACUUUCAUAAGAUGUCAGUAAUUCCUGUUUAAAAGCUUGCCUUCCUUAGUUUAAAACUGAAAGUAAAGUGUUCUUGGAUUACAUG